AUGGCGACCGCCAACGGCAAUGGCGCUCACCUCCCUCUUGACGAUGCCAACUCUCGUGUCGCCGUCCACACGUUUGACCCCGAAGCCUCUCCAACAGAAAAGGCGGCCGCUGCGGCUAAGAACAGAGACCAGCUUGCCAGCGUGAAAAAGGACUCUGGUCCCGGUGCGAGAGAGCUGACGGUUGAGACUGGCAAGCCUACAGCCAUCCCCACUAUAAAGGUGGAGGACAUGGAGUCGACAGAAUUCCAACAAGUACAGGACAAUACUCCCCAACCUCCAGGCGCCAUUGCGUCACCGGUCGCGGCUGCUAUUCCUGAUUGGUACACAGUUGGAUGGCGACAAGCGGCGGGUAUCGACGAAAACACCCUAACCGAAGGCGAGGAGCGCGACAAAGGCGUGCUCGACAUGUUCCUCGGUGAGCAGUUCUACGGGGCCUGGUAUCACAAUGCAGGGAUAAUUGUUUUCGCUGUGUUUGCUUCCCACUUCCUCACUCGCUUUCAUUUUGGCUGGGGCUGGCUUUUUAUCGUUCUAGCGGUAUGCAGCACAUACUACAGCACUUCCAUGCAACGUGUUCGUCGGAGCGCGCGCGACGAUAUCCAACGCGAACUCGUCAAAAGUCGUCUCAUUUCUGAACACGAGUCGGCUGACUGGAUUAACAACUUCUUGGACCGUUUCUGGCUCAUCUACGAGCCGGUACUCAGCGCCACCGUCAUUUCCUCUGUUGACCAAAUCCUCAGCGCCAACACUCCUGCAUUUCUUGAUUCUCUCCGUCUUACUCAAUUUACUCUCGGCACCAAAGCCCCCCGGAUUGACAAAGUCAGGACGUUCCCUAAGACUCCAGAUGACAUUGUUAUGAUGGAUUGGGGCAUCUCCUUCACUCCCAACGACAUUUCCGAUCUUACUCCACGUCAAGCCGCAAACAAAGUGAAUCCUAAGAUUGUAUUGUCGGUCCGGCUGGGAAAGGGCCUUGCAACCGCGUCAAUGCCUAUUCUAGUGGAAGAUAUUACCUUCAGCGGCUUAAUGCGCAUUCGUAUGAAGCUUAUGAGCAAUUUCCCCCACGUUCAGGUGGUCGACAUAUGUUUCUUAGAAAAGCCCGUCAUCGACUACGUGCUCAAACCCAUCGGAGGGGAAACCUUUGGGUUUGACAUCGCAAACAUUCCUGGACUGUCAUCAUUCAUUCGAGACAUGACGCAUGCGACACUUGCGCCGGUCAUGUAUGACCCGAACGUCUUCACUCUCAACCUAGAGCAGCUACUUUCGGGUACGCCACUUGACACCGCGAUUGGUGUGCUCCAAGUAACUGUCGAGUCCGCUCGUGGUAUCACUGGUGUCAAGAUUGGAGGAGGAAAGCCGGAUCCCUAUAUCUCUCUAAGCUUGAAUAACAGGGAAGAGCUCGCGGUGACCAAGUACAAGAGCGAUACCUAUAACCCAACCUGGAUGGAAACCAAAUUCAUUCUCAUCAAUUCCCUCAACGAGUCGCUCGUAUUGAGCUUGUACGACUACAACGACCAUCGCAAGAAUGCCUUGCUCAGCAGCACGAGCUUUGAACUCGCCCAGCUUCAGGACGAUGCUGUUAGGGAAGGGAUCGAAGCUCAACUUCUCAAAGACGGAAAAGAUCGCGGCACACUGAGAUAUGACCUUUCAUUCUACCCUGUUCUUAAGCCCGAAGAAGGCAAAGAGCUACCCGAUACGAGCGUUGGAAUCGUUCGUUUGACAAUCCACCAAGCAAAAGAGCUGGACCAAAGCAAGUCUUUGUCUGGGGAUCUCAAUCCCUUCGCAAAAGUUUGCCUGGGAGAUCGAAAGAAUGAGGUUUUCCGCACUCGUCGAUUCAAACACACCAACGCACCAGUUUGGGAACAAGCUCACGAAUUUUUAUGCGUGGACAAAUCGUCCUCGGUCAUUUUGAUUGAGGUUGUCGAUGAUCGCGAUUUCCUCAAAGAUCCCGUCGUCGGUUAUAUGUCUAUCAAACUCGAAGACCUUCUUCAGAGCAAGGCUGAAGCGGGGCGUGACUGGUUCCCACUUAGCAACUGCAAGAGUGGCAAGGUCCGGAUUUCGGCUGAGUGGAAACCGUUGAACAUGGCUGGAAGCCUCCAUGGUGCAGAGCAAUACAGCCCUCCUAUCGGUGUUGUGCGGUUGCAUCUCGACAAGGCCGUUGAUGUCAAGAAUGUCGAAGCAGCUCUUGGCGGAAAGAGCGACCCGUACGUGCGCGUCCAGGUACAUGAAGUCACCAAAGGUCGUACCGAAGUGAUCAACAAUAAUUUGAGUCCUGUUUGGGACGAAAUUAUCUACAUUCCAGUUCAUAGUUUGAAAGAGACGAUGCUCCUCGAAUGCAUGGACUAUCAGCACUUGACAAAAGAUCGAUCGCUUGGUAACGUUGAGCUGCGAGUUUCAGAGCUGGCUAAGGAAUCGAGCGACCGGCAGUAUCCCUUCGAGUCCACGGGCCGAAAGACAGCGAUAGACCCAAUACGUCUGGACAAGAGCAAUGCUCACAAGGGCCAACUGCACUACUCCGCCGAGUUCAUACCUACUCUUGCUCUCGAGGGUGUUAAAUUCGAUGCAUCCGGCAAUGAGUUACAACGAGCUGUGGGACAGGAGGAUCCCGAUGGCGCAGACGUUCAUUCCUCAUCGUCUUCAUCUUCGUCCUCCGUUUCUGGUGAAGAGGGCAUAUCAAUGGUGCCGACCAUCGUCGAGCCUUCUCGCAGCGAAAAGGCCGCAACAAAUGGAACUGUGACACCAGAAGAGCAGCAGGCAGAAGAGCCGAAAGGCGUCAAACUAAGCGUCGACGAAUUACUCACCCAUCAAUCUGGUGUCAUCGUCUUCAACGUGAUCUCUGGCAAGCUAGCCAAAAAGGCUCGAUUGGAGGUCCUCCUUGACGAUGGCUACUGGCCGUGCUUCAGCACCGUCCGUGCCAGGUCUAAUAAUGCUCAAUGGGAAACGGUUGGUGAAGGAUUCGUCAAGGAACUUGAUUUUGGGCGUGUUUGGCUGAGGCUGAACGAUGCUGAUGACGGCGCCAAGGACAACAUUGUGGCUGAGUGGAAGGGUGACUCCAAGGCAUUCCUCCAAUCGACGCUGUCUGGCCCUCAGGAAUUCACCCUUCAAUCGGAACAAUUGACAACGUCGACGGUGAUGAUUGAGUCUCGAUAUGUUCCCGCUCCUGUCCACCUGGAACCUCGAGAGAGCAUCAACAACCAAGGUAUCCUCCGUGUUGAUCUAUUGGAUGGAGGGGAAAUCCGUGGUGUUGAUCGCUCUGGAAAAUCGGAUCCGUUUGCGGUCUUCUCCCUGAACAAGAACAAAGUCUUCAAAUCGCAAACCAAGAAGAAGACUCUGACGCCAGUCUGGAACGAAAAUUUCACGACCUCGGUGCCUUCACGGGUCGCCGCGGAUUUCUCUGUCGAAGUUUUCGACUGGAAUCAGAUAGGGACUGCCGAAACUUUGGGAGUGGCCCAAAUUCCUUUGGAUGAUCUCGAACCAUUCGAAUCCACUGAGCGCACGUUGGACCUGGUUUCUUCCAAGGGUCAACAUGGUUUCAUUCGCGUACGCCUGAUGUUCCAGCCAGAAAUUAUCGCGAAAUCGCGCAAAAGCACGUCGACCUUCUCGACAGCAGGGCGGGCGAUGACUCAAUUUGGCGGAAUCCCAGUCAACGCUGGAAAGGGCGUUCUGCAUGGCGUGACUGGUGUCUUCAAGAAAGGGAAAGAUGAUGAUGUUCCUCCAGUACCUACUCUCAGCGCACCAUCUGGUCAAGCUUCGCACCCAGUUGGGCAAAACGACGAACUCCAUCCCGAUAUGUCGAUCAUGUCACAUGACAAUCCACCAUCCAGUGAACCUGGUACCCUUCGUGUCACCGUCUUGGAUGCAAAGGAUUUAUCAAGCGGCGAUACUAAACCUUACGCCACGAUUCGUGUCGGCGACAAGGAAUUCAAAACGAAACCUACCCCCAAAACUGCUUCCCCAGAGUGGAACGAAACUUUCGCGUUUGUAGCUGGCAGUUUCACGCCACGAUUAUAUAUCUGGAUUCACGACCACAAGACUCUUGGGAAGGACAAACUGCUCGGUGAGGGUGAAAUUGAUAUUUGGAGACACAUACAACCGCAAGGGUUGACGGCGGCUGAUGUUUCGACAGAGCUUCAAGGUAGUGGUUUAGUGCGGGUGCGCCUCGAAUAUGACGCGAAUGGGCCACCAUCGGGUGGUGCUUCAACACCUCGAGGUGAGAAUGGACGGACAAUGUCGAUGUCGUCCCCUUCGCGGUUCAGCUUGCGCGGCCGCAGACCCGGAACGGCAGAAUCGGAUGACUGA